GCGCUCACGCACUUUCCACCCUUGAAAGAGGGUGCCUCGGUACUGGAGUACACUUUAGGGUACGAACGCCUUAUCACUGAGUAUGAGAAGCUAUCGUCCGCACGGUACCCGGAGGAUCUAAAGAUCUCCACGCUGAUGUCUGGCCUGCCACAAGAUAUCAAGCGAUAUUUGCAGUUACAAAUUGAAGACUCCACUCCGUGCAAUGGUCUCCAUAGCACUCUGCUCUACGUGAAACGGGCCUGUGCCCAUGCAUCGAGCAGGGCAGGGUCCUGGAAAGGCAAGAAGGGUGAUGUUGGAAAGGACAAAGGCAAGAAGGGCAAAGGCGAUAAGGGUUCUUGGCACAACAAGGGCUACGACCAGGCUAAGGGUUACAAGGGCUACGCCAAUUUCAAGGGCAAUGUCAAGGGCAAGGUUGGUGGUGGUAAAGGCAAGGAGAGAGGCAAGAAGUCUUUUGGGUCAGGUUUUGGCAGUCCUGGUGGAAAGGGAAAAGGUCCAUGCUUUAUCUGUGGGCGCAUGGGUCAUCGUGCUGCAGAGUGUCAUUUGCGAGUCCGUGUGCAACAAGUUCGCCGGCUGGAGCUUGCACGCGACGUCCUGAUGGAGGAGAUCUUCGACGAGACCGAGGCAGGUGAGGUUGGCGAGCCACUGUGGGAAAGUCACGUUCAUGAUCUUUCGUGGUAUGAGUCAGAAGAAGUUUGGGAUGAAGGUUGGGAUGAGUAUGAUGGGUUUGGUGGCUAUGUGCGCAUGGUUGCUGAGAUUGUGGAGCCUGCAGAGCAUGACUUGCUAGAGGAUGUCCAGUCUGAGUGUGGUAGCAGCUGCUCUUUGCCUUCCACUUCCACUUUGCAUUUCUCUUUGUGCGAUGAAGAUGAAGUUGAUUCCCAGUGUGAGCUUGAAAGUGGAGCUGAAAGCGAUUGGGUUCUGUUGCAGCAAGCCCGAGCUGAAGAAGCCGAACUCUGCGUGCGUGCAGUAGCAGCGGGUCACGAAGUAAUCCUCGACUCAGGUGAUGAUGUCACGGUGCUUCCGAUGCACAUGAGGAACUCCGUUGCUGCUACCAUGAAAAUUUUCAGAACGGAAGAGGCCCAGGUGCGCAUGGUGGUUGAGUUGGGUGAGUCGUUCGUGAACAGUUUGAAGAGACGGGGUUGGCAGUUGAAUGAGAAUGGUCAGCCUGCGCAUGUGAACAACAGUUCGUCCACUACAACCGACCCCAGUGAGAUGUAUGAUCCUGAAGUUUUGGCGCGUCGUACCACUUUGGUGCAACAGAGCGGCCGGCGCUACACAGUCUUCGAGUGCGGUGAGUACUGGGAGCCAAAGCCUGUGAUGGAGAUAGGAGGCAACCCUACUACCAAAGUGAUCACCAUCCUCACCACCCAGCCUGUCGAGCCCGAGUCGCUAGGAAAAGUAGUUGCAGAAGAUGUGGCCAUUGUUCCCAGGUUUCCUCGACCUGCGCCUGGUGAUGCUGGUGGUUCUGGCGAAGCUGAUCUCGAGACUGCUGGAGCUGAAGAUGAGCCUCGGCAGAGCAUUGGAGCUCCUGUUUUGGGGCCCGAGUUCACUGGACCCAAAGCCACGCUUUGGGACCGUCUCAAGAAGGAGGUGGCCAUGAACCAGUUGAAGGUGGCUGUUCAGGCUAGCGAUGCGGCAGUGGAAGCGUACACCCCUGAUGUGAACCAUGGACCACUUCCUGUGAAGCCUGAUCCCCAGACGGUGAUGAUUCACGAGCUUACGCAUAUCCCCAGAGCAGACUGGUGA